AUGGAUGUUCAUGAAGCAACAAGAAUAGUCUUCUCAAGAAUCCAAAACAUAGACCCUGAGAAUGCUUCAAAAACCAUGGGUCUUCUUUUGAUUCAACACCAUGGCGAAAUGGAAAUGAUUAGGUUAACUCUCGGACCAGAAGCACUUGUUCACUCAGUGAUCCUUAAAGCCAGGAAAGAACUGGGACUUAGCUAUCCAACAAACCCUUCUACAAGUCCUUCCUCUCCUUCUCCUCUUUACUCAAGCAAUUCUCGAAGCCGAGGUUUAGAGGCUAGGAAGCAUAUUAGUGGACCUUAG